AUGACUGCCAUGUUCGCUGGACCAUUUGUGCCCGUCGGGUGCGAUGUCGGCUUUCCUUUCGACUUGUCGCCGGAGGAAGAUACACUGUCGUUUCCCUACAUUUUCCAUCAAGGCAUGACGCAGAUUCAUCCCAUCUUUGAACAUGAAGCUAGCUUUUACACUUCACAUUCACCUACAUCGUCUCCAGGCGAUGUGGCAAAUUCAUCUCCAGGAAGAGACAGUGACCAGGCGCCAGCAGCUUCCCAAGGCAGCGCGUCGCUCUCCCCGGCCGGGCCCAUCUACACACCCACCUCUACCCUCCUGGAGUACGACGACGACAUCAUCACCGCCGAGGACGCAGGAUUCGAAGAUGCAUCAACGUCGCCGGGAAGUUAUAGAUAUUCAGCCGAUGACUAUGUGCACGUCGGUGAGCUAGAGGACGAGAUGAGCAAUGUUAGCGCCAGCGUGAUCUCGCAGCCCCCACGCCAAUCAGGGGCCACAUCGCGACCUCACCUGGCCUUGGGAGCUUCGCAACAACAGUUGAUGCCGACAUCGAGCCGAACGCUACAGCAAUCUCAGUGGCAUUGUCUGUCAACUUUGCCACCGAACACAAGGAUGGAAGACAGCUUCGUGCCUUAUACUUCGUCAGCCGAACUUGUUCUGCCUACUGCGUCUUGGGCUGAAGAAGAUCUGCUGUCGGGCACAUCAAACUUCAACACGUCCUUUACCGAUCAGUCCUAUAGGACAUCGUUCGGCAUACUCAAUGAUGGCUCCCUCCAACAGCUACCAAGCACAAACAAUGGCAUGGCCUUCAAUCCGCAGCAAGCGGUGGCAGCCCAAGGACCGACGAGCAGAACCAAUGCUUACUUGAACGCGGGACUUGAGACUUCUCCAACUUAUGCUGGCACGCAAAUGACGCAACAGCAGGCUGGUGGCCAAUUUCAGCAUCCCACCUUUGCACACCAUAAUAAUGGUCAUGCCCUGGUGACCCCCAGUCUGGCUUCGCACCCACGAUUCCAACGGCGGAUAGUACCUUCCCAGGUACAAGAGCGCCUGCAGGCUCGACCGCUCAACAUACCCGUGCCUCAAACCCACGGAUCCACGACUCACGUGUCUGCGAUUCGCCCAACAAGGCCUGAACAACAACAGAGCCAUCUCGACUACCCUUCUUCUAGCAGACUGUCAAGCUUAGGAGUGCGCCGUAGACAGCAAGCAAGCUUGUCUCCUAUCGCACCUUCAGCCAUAGCUGUCCAGGCGUCGAGGCCGCUAGUGAAGCGAGACUCCGAACAUCUCACCAUCGGGCCCAUUCGGUCCACGCAACCAGACCGCGGCAAACGAGGCGGGAGACAAAGAAAUUCGCACCUCACAGCUGAGACUCGCCAGAAAAGCCAUGCGAUGCGGAAGAAAGGCGCCUGCUGGCGAUGCGCGAUGCAGAGGGAUCAGUGCGACCAUGGCGAGCCUUGUCAAAGGUGCAUCAAUCGUGCUUCAAAGGGGCAGAUACAAUAUUUCGAAUGCGAUCGCUCGAAGUUACCCGACUUUGUCCAUGAGUUCCUGCCUCCCUCAAUGACAAUCUUCCAUCAAAAACAGCCGAUCGAAGACCUCGUCAAGUCCCAGGUCCUUCGAUGGGACAAGGAACAUCAGUUGGAUCUGUACCUUUCCGUGCAGUAUGGAGAGCCUCUGGUCUGGCGAUGUUAUGAAUUCAUCCCGAGAACGCCCGACAUCAUAACACAGUAUCAAUAUUUCCGAGAUCAUACCGGACAGCAAAUACGAAGAGUGAAGUAUUCACCUCCUUUCGGGCUUCUCAAAAUUGACACCAGCGAUGACCAUUACUUCCAUGCUUACCUGGAGCGCCUGAUGCAACCAAAGUAUCUUGAGGGUCUAGCGUCGACGAUCUACGAGGAAGAGUACGCCAUUGACCCGCAAGAGGUCCAGGCACAGUUGCUCCAUGCUAUGUGCAUUCUCUAUUUGAGCACUAGCGACGCCACCCUACGCGCAUUGCUGAACGACAUUCUUCGCAUGCUGAUUAUCACCUACAUCAUGGGCCACACCUUAUGUAUCGUUGAAUCAAACCUCGGGACCGUCCUCAGUAGCAUUCGACACACGACACCACCUCCCGACCCCCAAACUUUUACAUCACCGAAACUGGCCAAUCGCCAGAUCAAGUUCUUCUUCAGCGUGCUACGAGCUCAGAUCUAUGAGAAAAUCCUGAAGUGGCAACAGCAAACUUUCCACGUCGGUGGCAAGAAGGAGACCACUUGGAUACACUCUUUCUGCGUCAUGCUGGGGUUCGCCAUGGUCCUCGAAGAGAGUCAACGCAUAUUACCGCUCACAGCAGACACUGAAGCGUCCCGCGGCGGGAUGUCACCUGAAGAUGCCACACGUCAAGCCGAGAAUGCCUUCGAUCGCAUUGAUGAUAGAUACAAGCUCCUGAUCGGGCUGUUCCAGUGCAAGUACAGGGACAAGGCGUGGGGCGACAAUGGCAGCUUCGGCCCACAUACGCCCCGAUUGAGCGAGCCGGCUCAAGUAGAAUUUCUGGGAUUCGUCAGGAACCACCUCUACCGACAUGAACACCACUUCAGGAGCAGAGAAAACGUCACCUUCGCCAGAAACAUGCGAAGUUUAUACACGACUAGGCAAACAGCACGCUUCUUGCUACCCUUCCUUACACUUCAGGGCUACUAA